AUGUCCCGCAAGGCGAGCGAGGACGUGGAGUACACGCUGCGCAGCCUGAGCAGCCUGAUGGGCGAGCGGCGCCGCCGGCAGCCCGAGCCGGGCGCGGCGGGCGGGGAGCGCAGCCUGCUGGCCGCCGAGUCGGCCGCCAGCCUGCAGGGCUCCGAGCUGGAGCGCGCGGCGCGGCGGCAGUUCCAGCGCGACGAGACGCCCGCCUUCGUGUACGCGGCCGCCGCCUUCUCGGCGCUGGGCGGCUUCCUGUUCGGCUACGACACCGGCGUGGUGUCGGGGGCCAUGCUGCUGCUCAAGCGGCAGCUGCGGCUGGACGCGCUGUGGCAGGAGCUGCUGGUGUCGGGCGCCGUGGGGGCGGCCGCGCUCGCCGCGCUGGCCGGAGGGGCCCUCAACGGCGUGCUGGGCCGCCGCUGCGCCAUCCUGCUGGCCAGCGCCCUGUGCACCGCGGGCUCGGCCGUGCUGGCCGCCGCGGGCCGCAAGGAGACGCUGCUGGCCGGACGCCUGGUCGUGGGGCUUGGCAUCGGCAUUGCUUCUAUGACAGUGCCAGUGUACAUUGCUGAGGUUUCACCACCCAACCUGAGAGGCCGGCUGGUCACCAUGAACACCCUCUUCAUCACAGGGGGUCAGUUCUUUGCGAGUGUUGUUGAUGGAGCCUUCAGUUAUCUGCCAAAAGAUGGAUGGAGGUACAUGUUGGGACUUGCAGCAAUUCCAGCAGUUAUACAAUUUUUUGGCUUUCUCUUUUUGCCUGAAAGUCCUCGAUGGCUUAUUCAAAAAGGACAGACUCAGAAGGCCCGUAGAAUUUUGUCUCAGAUGCGUGGCAAUCAGACAAUUGAUGAGGAGUAUGACAGCAUUAGAAACAGCAUUGAGGAGGAGGAGAAGGAAGUCGGCGCAGCUGGACCUGUGAUCUGCAGAAUGCUGACUUACCCCCCAACUCGCCGAGCUCUAGUUGUGGGAUGUGGUCUACAGAUGUUCCAACAGCUCUCAGGCAUUAACACCAUCAUGUACUACAGUGCAACCAUUCUGCAGAUGUCUGGUGUGGAAGAUGAUAGACUCGCAAUAUGGCUGGCUUCAGUUACAGCUUUCACAAACUUCAUUUUCACACUUGUGGGAGUCUGGCUUGUUGAGAAAGUUGGUCGCAGAAAGCUUACGUUUGGUAGUUUAGCAGGUACCACUGUAGCACUUGUUAUUCUUGCAUUGGGAUUUCUGCUCUCAGCUCAGGUUUCCCCACGUAUCACUUUCAGGCCAAGAGCUCCAUCCGGUCAAAAUGCUACUUGUACAAGCUACAGUUACUGUAAUGACUGCAUGUUGGAUCCAGACUGUGGUUUCUGUUACAAGAUGAACAAUUCAGGGGUCAUCGACUCUUCCUGUAUUCCAGUUAAUAAAGCAUCUACAAGUGAGGCGGCCUGGGGCAGGUGUGAAAAUGAAACCAAGUUCAAAACAGAAGAAGUACUUUGGGCCUAUAAUUUCUGCCCUACCCCAUACUCCUGGACUGCACUUUUGGGCCUUAUUUUAUAUCUCAUUUUCUUUGCACCUGGAAUGGGACCAAUGCCUUGGACUGUGAAUUCUGAAAUAUAUCCCCUUUGGGCAAGAAGUACAGGAAAUGCAUGCUCAUCUGGAAUAAACUGGAUUUUCAAUGUUCUUGUUUCAUUGACAUUCUUACACACAGCAGAGUAUCUUACAUACUACGGAGCCUUCUUCCUCUAUGCUGGAUUUGCAGCUGUGGGACUUCUGUUCAUCUAUGGCUGUCUUCCUGAAACCAAAGGGAAAAAAUUAGAAGAAAUUGAAUCACUCUUUGACAACAGGCUAUGUACAUGUGGCUCCUCAGAUUCUGAGGAAGGGAGAUACAUUGAAUAUAUCCGGGUGAAAGGAAGUAACUACCACCUCUCUGACAAUGAUGCUUCUGAUGUGGAGUAGUGUUUAGCCAGGAGACAUUCAAGUUGUGUACAGGAAUGUGGGGGAGAAGAACAGCACUUGGCGUCCUCACUGCCUUCCUCCUAAUCUGAUUCUUUCCACAGUCUCUCUGAAUGAAUUCACAUUCUAGAAAACUUGAUUAGAAGGAAAAUAUAACUAUCCUGACAUUUAUUUUCACAAAUGUAAAAAGUACAAAUUUUCUUAAGCAAAUAUAAGUGACCCCUUCCUAAAAUAGUUUAAAGUUGCUGUUGUACCCAGUGAUUUCAGUGGUACUCUUAUUUCUUAAGACCACAUGUAAUUAUUUGUGGCAAUAGAGUUGGUGAUAAACAGAUUACAUAUUUAUAUUUAUAAAGGGUUAUAUGAAAUAGUCCUAGGAUGUUUUAUGUCAAAACAUUGCCUAUUAACCCUAAAUUUUCUUCCUAAGUAGUGGCUUUCUGUGACCAGCUAUUGGAAAGUAAAUUCUAUUUAGGUUUUCACCAACAAAUUCACAAGUGCUCCUCAAGGGCACAGACAUCUUUCUCUCAUUUUGGAUUCCAGAUUUUGGCUUCUCUCUCCAAUGCAGAUACUGAAAUUUCCUCAGAGACUGACUCUACACAGGAUCUUUUGAACAUUAUCAAAAGCAGGUCUUUAGGGGUUAUUUUCAUACAUUUUUGCAUCAGCGAUAAGUAUAUUUGCACAGAUAAGCUAGCAUGUUUUGAUAAGUAUAUUUUAUUGUCAAAGUAAGAAAGAAAAGAUUUUUAUAAGAUCCCUAAUUCAUUAAUCACUUGGGAAUGCAAACUAUAAAUGCAAAAUAGAGCCAGGUCUUCAUUUGUAUUCCAGGGUCAGUUUCAUCGAUGCCAAACCCACCGCGUCUUCACUCUUGUUCCCUCGUCAGCUCCCACUCCUCUGUGCCUUCAUUAGUGCAUAAACACGUGCUAGCAGGCUAGUGUGCCCUUUCCUUGGCCCAAUUAAUUUCUGAAACAAGAGAAAGGAAAUCAAUGGCACAAAUAAUCCUACUUUUAUUGGUGUUUAAUUUAAAUCAUUCAUUUUUAUAUACUCUUCCUAAGGAAAGUAUCGCAUUUUGUUGCUUAAUUGUACAUGCCUUUUUUCCUCUGAAAACAUACUACAAUUUUGUUUUGCAAAUCUUUUCUCAUUUUCCCUAAUAAUAUGCUAAAAGCACCAAGAUACAGAUAUCUGUCCCUGUGUUGUUUUUUUACUCUUAUAUCUAUCUGGCUUGGUUUUCCUUCUUGUCUAAAGUUCAGAUUUUUUUUAUUGGAACUUACUAAUGGUUCUGAUGUAUCACAAAUCUGUGUAAAAUGUUCACUUACAUUUCUAACUUUUUCAAAGUAUUUACUGGUUUCUAUGUUCCUUCAUCAGUGAGCAAUUAAUUCUUGUCUACCUAAUAAGACUAUAUAAUACAUACAAAAUUAUUUGCUCACAAAGUCAUUUGCUAGUUCCAAUAAAAAAUAUGAAUGAGUGAAUGUUAGGUGGCCAGUUAGGAAUGCAUCAGCUUGAGGUAUCUUAAUAUGUCUUUAAAUAUCUAAUAAGGUCCUAAAUUUGGAGUGAAAAAGUUGCUAAUGAUAAAAUAAAAUUUCUGCCAAGAUGUUUUGGUCUUCACCAUAUUUACCAAACUGAAGCUGUACAAAGGAAGUGUAUUCUCCAAGUAACCAGAGGUACUCUCAAUAAUCAUUUUUCAUGCCCUAUAAAUCCUUCAGCCAAAAUAGAAAUAUUCUGUUUAUUUUAUAUUAUUAAAAAUACACUUUGGAGAAAUCUUUAAAUUGGGUGCUUUGACAAUUGAUUUCUAAAUGAUAUUAUGUUGGUUUUCUUCAGAAAUAAUUUAAUAUAUGAUAAAUUGUUUAUCAAUAUUUCUUAUCUCAUGAGGAUUUUCUUAUCUUGGUAGUAUUUUACAAAGAUAAGGUGAAAAUGAAAAAAAUAUUUAGACCAAGUAAAGUGCUAUUUUUAAAAUUUUACUUUUAUUAUUUGUUCAAAUAAUUGCUUCAAUUAUUUUCUUUUAUGAUACAUAGCCUUAAUAAUACACUUAUACUCAGCUGGGCUGAUGCACAAUAUUAAAGAGAAAAUUAAAUUUUUACUAUUUCUUAAAGCACAGCAUGGCCUGUUGUCUCUAAAUAAGAAAAUGAUGUUUUCAACUUUAUGCCCAUAAAUUCAUAUACGAGGCAAUAUUAGCCACAAAUUUCCUGCCCUAUUCCCCUUAUCUCUUCUUUUAAAGGACUAUUUCUUAUUGACAUAGUAAUAAUCUCCCAUGUCCUUAAAGUACAAGACAGAGAGGUACAUAUAGGAAUUAUUUAUAAGUUUUUAAAAACAAAUAACUACUUGAAAGUAGUACUUGAAAAGUAGUAGGCUCUGUUUUCAGAUUUGGUGAACCUUUUAGUACAUUAAAAGUUAAAUGUUUGGAUUUUUCAGGUUUUUUAUAUUAAACACUGUUUAAGUUCUAAGUGUUUUUGACCAUCACUGUCACUUCAGAAAUCUCCUAUGUGCAAUAUCAUCAGACAUAUACUUUGUCAUGCAGUUUACAUAUGAUGUGAUCAACACAGAUUAAGCAUUAGGCUUACAAUUAAAAUGAUAUGCUUCUUCCUCAACAUGAUAAAAAUUCAAUUGUGAUAUAUUAUAUUUUAGAAAAAUUGAGUAAAGAAAAUCAUAAUCACAACUAGGGCCUAUCUGAGUGGCUGAUGUGCAGUAAAAUUAAAAUUGUGUCAUUUUGUCUAUGCAUAAAUGCAUGGUGUUGAAUGUGAUGGGAAAAAGAUGCAGUAGGGGCUAGCGAUAUCACUCAGUGGUAGAGUGCUGGCCUAACAUAAUUAAGUAUUAAUAUUUUUCUUCUGCAUAAAUAUCCCUAGUAAUUUUGAUUGUGAAAUUUAGCUUUGUCAUAUAUAAUAUUUGAUUAUUUUUAUUACAUAUAUAGAAGAUCUAAAAAUAUAUUUCCAUUUCAAUUUUUGUUCUCAGAUAUAUAUAUUUCAUGACAGAAUAUCCCAUGGGAAUAAUGCCAAAGUCUCUUUCUUAGUUUUGUCACUGAAAUAGAUUUCAGUGCAUCUUCUAAAUAUUUGUUAUUCACUCUAAAAUGGGAAAUCAGCUAAAGUAUCAAAUUCAUAUUUUUGCUAUAAUUUCAUUAUCUCUUAAACAGGAAAAGGAUGACUAUGAAAAAUAUAAACUAACAACCUUUUGCUUUUAACUAUUGAAGUAAGGAUGAUAUGUAUUAUUGAUAAUCAUAGAUCCUGAGACAGGUAUAUUUUAGAUUAUACUAUCACAAGCUUUCCUUAAAAACUUACUUUUACUUGGUUGUGACAAAUUUUUAAUAGUAAAUCAGACUAUUUCCUUGACUAGGAAUAAAAAGGUGAAAUGACAAGCAGGACAGGAGCGGAGACUUCAUACACUGGGCUGUGCAUUAAGCUGCAAAUUAUGGACACACUUUGCUGCUUAAAAAUAGCUACUGCCUAUAAAAGGUCUCAAAAUUGUUCUCUGGAUCAAUUGUAGUGUCCUAUUUCAAUGUUCUUAGGCUCCUGCACAGUAAUGCUAAGGUAAUUUGACGAUGUGGUUCAGAACAUAGCAGUGUGUAAUUGUUGGUACAUUUAGCUCUUAUCCUAGGUGAGCACUGGUGCUGCUGCUAAUUUCUGGAAACACUGAUCUUAAAUUACCAAGCUGCUAACUGCUACCAACUCUUUAUUGUAAAUUUUCUCCUUAGAUAAGAAGGGAAAUUUUUUGUGCCAAUAAUCAUCAAUCAAGUAUUUUGUAUGAGUGUCAAUGUUUAGAAAUACAUGAGAGUAUUUUAUCCUCCUAAUUUGCUUAUGAGUUUCAAACACUAUAUAUCCUAUAAAAUUUAUGUAUAAAAAGUCUAUUGUGCUUGGAUAAUUUUGUGUACAAAAUAUUACAUACCUUCAUUUGUAAGUAUUCAAAUUUUUUAUUUUAGAUUUUUAAGUUUAUAUGUUUGAUUUUAUCAUAUUAUAAAUAAGAAAAAGAAAUGGAUCAUGCAGCUAACUAGUACUCAUAAUUGCAGAUAAAAACUGAGCAUGGUGGAUCAUCCCUGAUAUCACAGCACUUGGGAGUGAAGGCAGGAGUUACAAGAUUUAAAGGUUAUCCUCAGCUACAUAACAAUUGAAAGGCCAAUCUGAGAAACAUGAGUCUUUGUCUCAAAAGAAUAUCAAAAUUACAAAUAAAUACCUUAUACAGUUAUAAGAGUUUGGUAAAUUCAAUAUCUCACCUCAUUAAAAGGCUAAAGAAGAUAGAAAUUUAUGUUCAAAGUUUCCUGGUAGCUUUUGGACUAUAUCUCAUUUGGUGUCAUUUGUAACUUUUAUUUGUAAUGAAUGUUCUUAUUUCUACUUAAAAGCUCCAAUGUAUAUUUAGAUUAAAUCAAAAAUUUUAUGCUCUUAAAAUAUAUGUCUUUCAACAUGUAUAUUUUAAUUUCAGAGUGCAUGUUAUAUAGUGUUUAAUACUUCAGAUAUCUUGGCAAAUUCAAUAUAUUUAUUCCUA